AUGUCUUUCGUAACGAUCAGGCCGGAGACGUUCAGCAAUCUUGAGGACAAAGUCAUAGUGAUAACAGGAGGGGCCACAGGUAUCGGUGCCGUGGCGGUGACGGAACUCUUGUCUGCGGGUGCUAAGGUAGUGCUUGGAGAUGUGAAGGCUCCGGAUCCCGCACCCACUGACGAUAGGUUCACCUUCAUCCACACCGAUGUCACCAAGUACGAUGCAGUUGUCAAUCUCUUCGCCACCGCCUCUGCUGCUCAUGGUCGAAUUGACCAUGCAAUCAGCAACGCGGGGCUCGUAGAGAUAGGCCAACUGUUCGCAACCGGAGAGUCAGACGACGCAAUACGAGAGCCUCCUACCACCGCCGUUCUAGAUGUAAACCUUAAAGGGACCAUUUUCGUCACGAGAGUUGCGGUGCACUACCUCCGCCGUAGUCUUGUACGAAAUGCCUCAACGCAGAGUGAUGCCAGUAUCUUGUUGGUCAGCUCUGUCGCCGGCUUCGGUAACUGGCCUGGCCUCUUUCAAUACUCAGCCAGCAAGCAUGGGGUUAUGGGCUUGUUUCACAGUACCAAAGACUUCCUAUACGGUUCUGAGGGCAUCAGGAUUAAUGUGGUGCUUCCGAACAUGACCGAUACUCAAAUGGUCACUGGUGUUAUAACAGCCUACAAAGCCAAUGGUGUUCCUAUCAACGAACCCAAGCACGUUGCGAAUACGUUUCUCCAUAGUUUAUCGAACGACGUCAACAGCGAGGCGUUCUAUGUCUCGGGUGGAAAGACUUACGAGAUAGAGAAACGACUGGACGAGGUGAAAUCACAAUGGUUAGGGCAACUCCUGUUUGAUGAGUUGAUGGCGGGACAGCAAGCGCUGGGAGCUGGUAGCAACUGGACCAAACGUAAAGGUGGCCAAUAA